GAAAGGGUCAGAGGCCUUGAUAUUUGAGCGGACAAGAAACCAUGAGUGGAGGAUCUCAAGUCCACAUUUUUUGGGGUGCUCCAGUUGGUCCAUUGAAAAUGACAGUAUCACAGGAACCAACUUCUUUAAUGUCCACUGUUGACUCUUGGAAAAAAAUUCAGCUUUUUUACAAUCAACAUUCUUUACAUCUGGAGGAUGAGAAGUGCAAGCACAAAAAUCUAGAAGACUGUCAAGUCCUAGAAGCUGUUGGCCCUCCAUAUCUUCUUAAUGGUCAUUUUUUAGCAAACUCUGUGACUAGCUCUAUUCAUGUGAAAGAUGACUUCACACAUUGUAUUUCUGAAACAGAGACUAUAAAAUCCCGGAAGAUUCACCCCUUAGGGAUGAGUAAUAUAACUACCUCUGAUGUGCAAAUAUGUGGAUUUAAGGGUAGAGUUCAGCAUUUAACUGAAGAAGAAAAGUUUCAAAAGGUUUUCAGUGAAAAUAAGAAAAUCACAGAGGAACAGCAUAAAGAUCAGUCAAAUAUAUGUGGCCAAAACUUUCAAAAAAAUUGCCUUCAGUUAGAUCGUAAGUGUGCAGCUAUAUUGGAUUUGGUCUCUAGUACUGAGCAGAUUAAUAUAGGACCAGGAGCUACUGAAACAAAGUGUGCACCAACAGAACAUCAUGAAAUACAAAACCAGCCUCUGGGAUUCUUUUCCUCUAACACAGCAGAUAAGCCAAGAUCUGAAGGAACAGUUAGGGAGGACUCAAACCUUAAAAUAUCUACUGACACUGAAUUUCUCAGUGUAAUGACCUCCAGCCAGGUUGCUUUUUUAGCUCAAAGGAAGUAUAAAGGGCAGAAUUCUAUCAGUAAAGGAACUGUAAACAUGGAGAUUGAACCAAAGGCACGUCAUGGGAAAAUAAGAAUAACUGAAGAUAAUUUGAUUCAGCCUAAUGAUGAUUUUGCAGAAGGAUAUGAAGGUGGACAAAACCAAGCAUAUUCCCUUGAGCUUUUUAGUCCUGUUUGUCCUGAAGCAAAAAGUAGCCACAUUCAUAUAAACUCCGAUAAAAGUCUUGAAGAAAAUACAGGAUCUCAAGAACUGUUCAGUUUUGAAGAUAAGAUGCUACCACAUGAGAUAUGUAUCGAGUCAUGUAGCUUGGGAAUACUGUGUUCCCAACGAAAUACCUUCCACAAAAGUUCUGCUAAGAGAAGCUGGACGUCUAAAGAUAAAUUGGGCCAUUCUAAAGCUCGGUCUAAAGUCCUCCAAGUAUCUAAGAAAAUUAAAUUGGUUUCUAAUGCAAGAGAUCCUACUGUAGCAAUGGGCCAGAGGAAUGUGUCUAAAUUUAAGCGUAUUAAAAAAACAUCAUUAAUAAAAAAUUGUGAAUCUAAAAGUCAGAAGUAUAACUGUUUAGUCAUGGUGUUAUCCCCAUGUCAUGUGAAAGAAAUAAAUAUAAAAUCGGGACCAAAUUCUGGCUCUAAAGUGCCUUUAGGAACAAUUGUGGUAAUUGACCAAUCAGAAAUUAAGAAGAAAGUUUUCCUGUGGAGGACUACAGCAUUUUGGGCAUUUACAGUGUUUCUUGGAGAUAUAAUUUUACUCACAGAUGUUACUGUUCAUGAGGAUCAUUGGGCUGGUGAGACAGUACUACAAUCAACAAUGACCAGUCAGUUAUUAAAUCUUGGGAGUUAUUCAUCUGUCCAGCCUGAAGAAUAUUCCAGUAUAGUUAAUGAUGUUGUACUUCAAGACUUACUGGCAUAUGUGUCUUCGAAACAUUCCUAUCUCAAAGAUCUUCCUCGGAGGCAGCCUCAGAAAGUAAACAGUAUAGAAUUUGUAGAAUUGGAGGAGCUUCAGCCUGACGUUUUAGUCCAUGCAGUAGUAAGAAUUGUUGAUAUCACUAUACUGACAGAGGCAUUAUACAGUUACAGAGGACAGAAGCAAAGGAAAGUUAUGUUAACAGUGGAACAGGCCCAAGGUCAACAUUAUGUGCUUGUAUUAUGGGGUGCUGGAGCAGCCUGGUACCCUCAACUUCAAAGGAAAAAAGAUUAUAUUUGGGAAUUUAAAUAUCUUUUUGUUCAGCGCAAUUGCAUCCUAGAAAACCUAGAACUGCAUACAACACCUUGGUCAUCCUGUGAGUGCCUGUUUGAUGAUGAUAUAAGGGCGAUUACAUUUAAAGCAAAAUUUCAAAAAAGUACGCCCUCCUUUGUGAAGAUGUCAGAUUUAGCAACACACCUAGAGGAUAAGUGUUCAGGUGUGAUUCUAAUCAAAGCCCAGAUUUUAGAGCUCGUGUUUCCUACGACAACAGCUCAGAAGAUAGUUCUAAAUGCUCACAGCUCUCUGAAGAGUAUUUUCUCUUCUCUUCCCAACAUCAUAUAUACUGGCUGUGCAAAAUGUGGAUUGGAACUAGAAACAGAUGAGAAUAGGAUCUACAAACAAUGUUUUAGCUGCUUGCCAUUUACUAUGAAGAAACUAUACUAUAGGCCAGCUUCAAUGACCAUAGGUGAUGGAAUAUAUAAGGUGUGCAUCCAUGUAGGAUCAAAGCUGAUAGAGAAGAUUCUUCUCAACAUUUCUCCUGACUGGCUCAGUAGAGUUAUAGCACCCUCCGCAGAGGUCACCUACGGCAUGGUCGCAGCGGACUUGCUCCACUCCUUGGUGGCGGGCAGCGGCGAUCCCUGUGUGGUGACGGUGCAGAGCCUCUUUGUGUUGGAUGAAAACAGCUACCCGAUGCAACAAGAUUUCUCCCUGCUGGAUCUUUAUCCUGUUGAUGUAAAGCACGCAUCCACGCCUUCUCUGAGACCAGAAGGAGAAACUGCAGGCACUUCAAGGACGACAACGGAAAUGAUUUGUCUUUUGAAAUAA